CACCGUUUUACAUCGACCUUAAAUAGCCUUUAAUCCUUGCUAUUGACGCCUGCAAUCCUGUUCAGCAGGUUUUAGCAGCAGAUGUCAUGAACAAAAUAUUAAAACGAAAUAUCUGGGGCAUGUGGUGCGUUUUUAGGAAAUAGGGGAAGUUCCGAGUCUGACAGGUGUAUUCUUCCACUCGGAGGUGGGAACUUCUCAGUUGCUCAAGAACAUUCCAUUAGAAGCUUACUGCUGGCGAGAGAAACUAGAGAAAACAAAUCACUGAAAGAAACACAGGAUACACCUGUGACUAUGUUGCAGCUAAUGUUUUUUUUCCUUUUCUGUUCAUUCCAGAUUUCCUCGACUGUGAAAUCAGGCUCUCAUUCUCUGUGGACUCUUUCAACUUUGAUCAAAGGAGACACCCCGUUUCCAGAGUUCAGUGUGGUGGUGAUGCUGGAUGACAUCCAGGUGGCCUACUAUGAUUCAAAUGAGAACAACCUGAUCUACAGACAAUUCAAGUCAGAACAUGAAGAUGAAGAGCAAAAAGAUGCAAGCUUUGUAUUUGGAAACAUACAUAAAGACAUGAAAGCCUUAUUCUAUACAUACCAGUUCAACCGUACACAUGUCCAUACUCUGCAGAGAUUGGCUGGUUGUGAGCUACUUGAUGAUGACACCCCUGGUCGACAGCGAGCAUUGAAUGCUUUCAACGGAGUGGAUGACUCAGCGUUGCAAUUCAAUGUGCAAAAGAAGGCUCUUCAGAUUGAAGGUUUCUGGCAGAUAAAGUGGAGCCAAACCAGAAAAGAUUCUGUUGAGUGGAUGUACACACAUUUUUACAGCCCAAUCUGCAUUAAACUCCUGAAGAAUUUCCUCCACAUGAAGAAAAAUGAUGUGAUGAGAAAAGUGAAGCCCAGAGUCAGGCUCCUCCAGAAGACACUCCCAGACUCUGGAGGGGCCAAAGUGACCUGCCUGGCCACUGGUUUCUACCCCCGUCACAUCAACCUGACCCUGCUCAGAGACGGCCAGCCUGUGUCUGACCACCAGAUCACUGGGGGAGAGCUGCUACCUAAUCUAGAUGGAACCUACCAGAUGAGGAAGAGCCUGGAGGUCAGCACAGAGGAACUAAGAGAGAAACACCAUUACACCUGUACAGUCGAACACCUCAGCCUGGACAACAAACUAGAUGUCAAACCAGAUCUUGAUCCAGGUGUAGGCACUGUGUCCAUAGUGAUUCCUGUUGUAGUGCUUGGAGUUGCACUUCUGUGUGUGGUUGGAGCUGUGGUCUUCAUGCGCCGUAGAAGACACAGAGACCCCUUCAUGAAUACUUGGAUGUCCUCGACAGCCUGCACCUGACAGACACGAACGGCACUCUCGUGAUGAUUGACUCUCAUGCGAAAACAGGCCUUUCUGCCUGACCUUACUGGACACUCAUCUCUGCACACAGGCCUUUUUGCCUGACCUUACGUGACACUUGUUUUUGCCAAACUGCUCCAUGUUCACCACACCACUGUAUUACCACCAUUGUAUUUUUCUACACACGUUUCUUUGUUAGUCUGUUCCGUUGUUAGCCACUAUGAGGAGAGAAUAAUGUCAGGCCAUACUUGCUGUUCAAGUUAAGAUACUUGUCAUCAAACCAAUCAGAGCUAUGAGAAUGCUGUCUAAUUGUUACAAUCUACCCUGCUACAUAUGGCAUCAUAGUUAUGAGAAUAUUUAACCUUUCCAACAUGCUUUGGUACAUAUUGUGUUAUCGUGUUAAUGUUUAUAAAAAUAACUAGAGCUAACAGAAACUCUUUGAAUAUGCUAAAACACCAGUUACAGUAUGAUGUUGAGAAAUAUAUAGAAAUAUCUCAGUUAGCAAGCUAUGUAACUUUUAUCAGUGCCAGCUGUACCG